AUGAACCCGAUAGUUUUCAAUGGUAACAAGUUACGAUGGAAGUUCGGAAAUAUUUGGGGGUUGAGUAAGGAAGGCUUUAUGAGUGAGAAAUUCAAAAUAGGUCAUAUUGAUUGGUAAGUUCAAAAAUGCUUACGCAUCAAUUAUAUAAAAUUGGUUCCAGGAUCAUCAAUAUUUCUCAUCAAUACGAUUAUAUGAUGAUUGAUUUGAAAUGCACUUCAGAAAAUGAAAUGGAGAAAAACUGGAUUUGUGAAAUGAGUGGGAAGUUCCGUUUGUUGAAACAUUCGGGAGAUGGCAAGCAUAUCAUUACAAUAUCUCGUGGGUGUUAUCACGCAGGAUUGGGAACUUCUCCAAGUGCACGGGUUAUUAAAUGGUAUUAUUUAUUGUUGAAAAAUGAAUCGCUGAUCUUAGACGACCAAGUUUAUGUUGAGAUUGAUUUCAAUUUCAACUACUAUGAUUUUUCGAAACAUAUUGAAAAUAUUACUGAUAUGAUUGUAACUGUGAACGAUACUGAAUUUCAUCUCAAUAAAUGGGCUCUUGGCUCAAGAUCAAAGUAUUUUCAAGAUCUUAUCAUCAAUAAUUUGCCUGGCGAAACCAAAAAUGUCAAACUCGAAAAUAUCACCGAACAUCAUUUUUGUUUGAUGUUAGCAUCGUUUUAUCCAUUCUUUGAAACUAAUCUAGGUAAUUUUUCUAAAAAUAUAAGUUUGCUUGAAAUUAUUAUACUUUUCUAGAACUUUAUUAUCCUGAUCUUCUCGAAGUCGCUGAAUUCUAUGGUGUUCCUUCACUUCAUCAAAAAAUUGAGCAAUAUUUGUUGGUGGACACCGAGUUGAACGUUAUUGAGAAAAUCAAAUAUGCGGAGAAAUAUGGCUAUGAGAAUCUUAUGGUUGGUUUUGUUUUUGGAAAAAAUGAGUUGGUUAGCUGAAAAAUAAUAAAUUAUUUUUAGGAACAAUCCAUUGAUUCGCUGAAAACUGGUCUCGAGAUCAAAUUUCUGCAAGCUGAUAGAGAAUUCAUGGCUUUGAAAGAUACUACAAAAUUGAGAAUCAUGAAUCGAUUGUUGGAUUUUGUUUAA